CUGCCUCGCAGUUGCUUUUGAAUCGUUGGAGCCAGCGCACGCUUAGAGCGGCAUAUAGAAACGGGACUUGGACUCGGCGACGCGGCUUCUCGUUUCGUUUACAGUUUCGGCUUUCGGUGGAGUCGGUUUUCGGUGAGGUCGGUUUUUGUCGCCCCGCUUGAUCGGCUGCAACCUCAGCGGUUUUUAUCGGGUCUAUUGCAUUCGGGCAGGCAGCCGGUGAAGCCGUGAUUGAUGGACUGAACAACGGACACGGACACGACAGUUGCCGCAUCGGUCUCGGUCAGUGCAGUCGCAACAGUCAGAGCCACAAAGCUUCAUUGAACUCUGACGACCCUCCCGUUUGGCCAUUUGACAAUCGACAAGCAAUCAAACAAUCGAAAGUGCAAUCAAAUUUUGUGUGUGUUUUUCGAAGAUUUUAACGAGAAUAGAACGAACCUUUUGCGAACAAAUCACCGGGGAUUUUUAUAGCGGUCGAGCUACGAGGAUUUCCUUAUUUCCUAUUUCGAAAAGAAAAACAAAACGAAAGAAAAAACCAUUCAACGAAAAGAUACAUCAAACAAUAAUACGUUGAAAACGAAGUUCAAUUUCGCCGCGCGGGUCUUUUUGGGGGCUGUUUCUGCUGCUGCCUGUCGUCGUGUGCUUGGGCUUCAUAAAUUAUCCAAACAGAGCGCUUUUUGGAGAACGACUUGCAAAUAAAUAAGCAUUUACGCUUUUAUUAUUGCUACCCCCCGCUCACUGCCCACUCCGCUCUUACUCUACGGUUCGUUGUGCGUGUGUGUGUGUGCAGCAGUAUCUGUGAGUGUGUUCCUUGGAAAUCGCUCCCAUGUGGCGCAGCGCUGAAUAAAACCAAAGGAGAGCUCUCCACCACUUAAAAUAUCAUUUUUUGCAUACAAUCAACAUACGAAGUAUCUAUAAGAUAGAAAUGUGUGUGUGCGUUCGGGAUCUGCUUUGAUUUGUGAGUGCUGAUAAACGGAUGAGGCACUGUCCGCCGCAGCAAAUAAAAAUAAAAUAUCCAACAAAAAAAUCAACAGAAAUACCCGCAUAAAGAUAUCAAGCAGACAAUGCCAGACAAUCGUCAGGGCGAGGCGACGUAUACUUAAUCUUUCAUCGUGUGGAGAGUGAAGGCAAAAGCAAAAGGGCAACAAACAUGAAUUGCCUGUGUCGGCCAUCGCGGAUUAUGUCCGUGCGCAUUAACUUGCUGGAUGAAACCGAGUUUAUACACGAGAUCAAGGAUGAUUUGCCGGGCCAGGCUCUGCUGGAUGUCGUCUUUGCCAGGCUCAAUUUAAUCGAGACCUCAUACUUCGGCAUACGCUACAUAGACGAGGAGAAUCAAACGCACUGGCUGGACCCUGCCUCACGCAUCUCCCGUCAACUGAAACCCAAAUCGGACCCAUACGACUUGUAUUUCGGUGUGAAAUUCUAUGCUGCCGAUCCGUGCAAGCUGCUGGAGGAAAUCACCAGAUACCAACUUUUUCUGCAAGUCAAACAGGAUGUACUUCAGGGACGACUGCCAGUGGCCUUUGAAUUGGCCGCCGAACUGGGUGCCUUUGUGGUCCAAUCGGAGUUGGGUGACUACGAUCAGCGACGCCACUCGAAGGGCUAUGUCUCCGAGUUCCGGCUGCUGCCCAACCAAAGCAAUGAGCUGGAAACGCGAGUCUCCGAGCUGCACCAACAGCUCAAGGGCAUGUCCCCAUCCAGUGCGGAGUUGAACUAUCUGGACAAAGUCAAAUGGCAUGACAUGUACGGCGUUGAUUUGCAUCCCGUUCUGGGCGAGGACAGCGUGGAGUACUUCCUGGGCCUCACACCGAGCGGGAUUGUGGUGCUGCGCAACAAGACGACGGUGGCUCAUUACUAUUGGCCGCGCAUUGCCAAAGUUUAUUAUAAAGGACGCUAUUUUAUGCUCAGGAUAAGCGAUAAAAAUAAUGAGCUGAGCACUUAUGGCUUCGAGACGCCCCGCAAAUCGGCGUGCAAACACUUGUGGAGAUGCUGCGUGGAGCACCAUGCGUUCUUCAGGCAGGUGCGCGUCGCCCCGCUGCCCAGUUCCCAGUCGCAUGCAACCGAUUUGUUCCAACUGGGAUCCCGCUUCAGGCACAGUCGACCGGACAAGCAAACGGAGAAGGAUGCACUGGCCGCCGGACGAUCCCCGCCAGCCUUCACUCGCGUGCCCUCCAAGCGCCAGCCCAGACGCGUGAUUGAUGACUUUUUUAACAGCCACAAAGGAGGUGGCACCAACCUAGCAGGAGCAGGAGGAGGAGGAGGAAGUUCUCUAGGAGCAGUCGUCGGCAAUGGAGGAGUCGGAGUCGUCGGCAGUGCAGGAGGAGGAGGCAUCAACAUGGGCAACAGGCCGCUGCCACAGCCAGGUCUGGGCAACAACAUCUCCAACAACUAUGACAGCCCCUACCGAUCCACCUAUAGCAUUCCCACCAGCCUGGGCAUCCGACCCUGCCACCAGCAGUCCUCCCAGCAGCAACAGAACAACAAUUCCAGCAGCUACAACAACAACAGUCAAGGAAACCUCCAGACACCUGACUCGCCGCGAAGCACGCGCAGUGCCCCCUGGCCCAGGUCCCAGCAGAGAUCCCUCUUCGGCCACAAUCCCUCGAGUCCACGCUCCGUGAGAUCGGCCAGCACAGCGCAUCAUCACCACCAUCAUGGACACCACAGCCAUGGCCAUGGCACCAGCCACCAUCCACACCAGCAGUCGUCCUCGUCGUCGCACCACCAUCGACAGCAGCGGGCCAGCUCCUCAUCCGCCUCGCAUCAGCAGCAGCGCUACAGGUCCAGCUCUGUGGAGAGUCAUUCCUCGAAUGACUCGAGAUCCACGCGAAGACACAAGCAUCGCCAUCGUCGCACCUCUGACAAUGAGAGUGAACUGUCUCGAGGCUCGGGUCGUUCGGGGCGUUCGGGUCGCUCGCAUCAUCGCAAGCAUCGCCGCUCGAACAGGCAUCGACGUGACUCGGCAGGCGGUUCGGAUCAUGACAGCACCCGGGGACGCAGCUACUCCGGACAUCGCAGCUCCUCGAUGAGGAGUGGCAGUGCCGAGCUUAUCGACUCCACCACGCAGUGGCGAGAGGUGCAACGACGGCAGGCGGAGGCCAGUCUUGGCCAGAGCUCUGUCCAACAGGCGGCCGUGUCCAAGAGCAGCAUGGUGGCCCGCAGUCUGCACAGCAACGACAGCCACUCGGACACGCAUUCGCACCACAAGUCAAGGAGGCAUCGCAAGAACAAAUCUCCUUCGGAGUCGCGCAGUCGCAUGUGGAACAGCGAGCUGGCCAAGCAUCUGCAGUUCGACCUGGUGGACACCGAGGGCAUGUCGGAGCAGCAGCUAAGGGAGAUACCCUACACGGUGGUGGAGACCACCUCAAAGCGCUCCAACUCCAAUCUGAAGAUCCACAAGAGCAACAGCAAGAGCAGCGUGGGAGCCAAGAGCACGGGCUCCGGCAACACCAUAACCAAUGGCAGUGGCUCCGCCAGUGCCGGACAGGCGCGGAUUCGCGUGGAUCGCAUCAGAGGGCUCUACUACCAAAGUUCGCACCCUCACGACGCUAGUGGCGGUGGCGCCAGCGCGGGAGGAAAUGCGACGAAGAACGGAUCCAUACGAUCGGCCAGCACGAUAUCAUCGCGAGAAUGUGAGCGCAACAAUGGAUUGGUUAGAAUGAUGUCCAGCAUGAGCAUGGGUGACUUCAUCUCACCCACUGGCUCGAAUCUGAGUCCAUUGGAGAACUCUGCUCUACGCGUUUCGCAUGAGCACACAGAUUCGGGUUUGGGCGCUGAUCAGGAUUAUGCGUACUCCUCUGAAAGAUCCAGCGACAGCACACGCUAUGGCACCAACAAAUCAUCGGGCGCUUCGAGCGGAUCACAUCGAAAGUCGGGCGGCAGCGCCGGAGGUGGCACCAAUGGCGGCUACAACAGCCUCAUGCAACAGACUGUGAGUAAUCAGCAGCAGCAGCAGCGCUCGCUGUUCGCCCAACAGCAGCGGCAACAGCAGCAGCAGAAGUCCAAUUACAAAUACGCCUCCUCCUCAUCGACCACUAAUCCCACAAGCGGCGGUGCAGGCGGCCUGGCGCCGGUCCACAACGCAUCCUCUUCCUCGGGCCAUGGGCACACGACUACCAAUCCCAAUCCCAAUGCCAACUCCCCAAACCCAAACCCAAAUCCAAAAACAAAUGCAACUAACCCAAUGCAGUCGCCGGCGGCUGGCCACGCCAAUCGCCUGCUCCACUACACGACCUUUGAGAACAACCAGUACAAGUUCAGCCUGAACAACGCCCUGGCCAGGGGUUCGGGAUCGAUGGCAGGGGCCGGCGUGGCCACCGGCGGUGGCAGCAGCAGCAAUCUCAUGGUUUCCACUGGUGGCGGAGGUGCUAUUGGGGGUGGUGGUGGUGCUUUCAGCAGACAGCGCAGCUUCGUGGAGUGGCCCAGCAAUCCGGCGGCCCCGUACUACUAUCAGGGGCCCUCGACGAGCGCGGCGCAGGUGAAGAGGCGCGAUGCCAAGUCGGACAUUGGGGUCCCAACGCGACGUCUCUCCGGCCAGAGCAUAACCAAGACUCAGCUGCUGACGGGCGGGGGCGGCGGAGGCGGAGUCCAUUCCCAGUUGGCUAAUGCCAGCUGCUAUCCACUGCACUAUGCGAGCAGCAGCGUGACCAGCUCUGGGCACAGUCGUCCCCCGGGUCAGCGCUCUGGCCAGGCGACAGCUUCUGGCCGCUAUGGGAUGCAGCCAGCCAAGUCGGAUCUCUUCUUGUCCUACAUCCAUGGGGCGGAGUACGAGCGGCCCUACAUCUACAACUAUAAGAUGCCGCAAAUGCCAGGCGGGUCGGGGCCGGGCGCCGGGGCUUUGGCUGGUGCUGCGGCUGGUGCGCCUGGGGGAUCGCCAUCGGCCAAGAAGCAGCCCACCGCAUAUCACAUCUCUGGCUCCCAGACAGCCGAUCCGCCGCCACCGCCACCGCCUCUGUACGGCGGCUCGGCGCCCGCCAACGAUGUCAUGUACUAUCAGUUUGACAAAGGAGCCGCUCCGUCAACGUCAACGCCGCCCAUUGUACAGCAGCCGCAGUCGAUGCAGUCGAUUCAGUCGUUGCAGUCGAUACAGUCGAUGCAAUCGAUGGCAUCGAGGCAGCCAUCCUCGUCCGCGUCGUCUUCGGUGGCUGGCGGUCCAUUAGUCUAUCUGCAACAUGGACAGAAUGUUGCCCCAUCGAAUGUCACCUCCACGCAGCAAACUAGCGCAAUUCCAAAGCCCGUCGCCGCCCACAGCAACGAUCCUGCCCUGGCAGUAGGACCCGUUGGCAGCUCCUCGAAUCCGCCGCCCACAGCAUUCUGCAAACUUUGGUUGCAGCAACAGGAAAAGCAGCAGCAUCAACAGCAACAACAACAGCAACUCUAUGAGCAGGAGCAGCAGGCAUGGCUCUAGGAAAGAAUAAACUACAUCCACAACACGCACAACAUGUAAGUGGAAAGUUAAAUGGAAACUACAUGCGGGCUCUUGCACAAAAGUAUGCUGCGGAGAAUGCCACCAGGAGAAGAAGGAGCAGCAGCAGCGCCAGGGGAGCCACCACCACCAGAAGAGGCAGCGGCAACCAGCAGGCAGCAACCGACAGGCAACAAUAAACAACAUUUAAAAGCCGCCGGGGCAAAAGUUGGGGGCCAAAAGUUGGCCAGAGACUCUUGUCGUUUGCAAAUUAAAUGCACAUUAUGCCAACAUGUAAAUAGAUAACGUAGUUCCAUAUACAUAUAUAUAAAUGUGUGUAUGUAUCCCUGUGUGUGUAUGUGUACAUAAGUUUUGAAAAUUUACAAAAUACGGAAUAAAAAGUUAAUCAGCUAAGCCAGAAAACACUCUAAAACCCGAAAAGGAACAGGAAAUAUGCAAUGGAAAAUAUAAAGAGAGACGAAAAAGGAAAGUUAGCUUAAGAUGCGAAUAAUCAAAAAGCCAAAAAAGCAAAUGUAUCUCACAGAUAAACAACAGCAAAAGCGGGGCGGCUGGACUGGCUAGGGGCUGGAAGGGAGGGGAGUAGUCUGGCAUAAAAGCAAAAAUAAAUUGUGCGUUAAUGAUAAGCGGAGCACAUUUCAGCGGCAUAAAAUUUAUUAAAAUAUGCGCACGAGCCAGACAACACAGGCAAAGGAACGAACGAACGAGCGAGCGAACGAAGGCCUCAGGAAUCUUAGGGGCCAGCCCCCAAAUACAGUCGGCAGCACAAAUAUAUUUAUGCUUGCCAGGCACACACACACACAAAUACACACACAGAGAUAGGCAGUAGAGUGUGUGUGAUCCACAGAUACAUGGAAAGCGACUUUGCCCGGAAAUCGUUAGCGAUAAAUAUACAAUUUUAUUGUUCUUCUUGUAUCUGUGUGUGCGUGGGUGUGUGUGUGCUCCUGCAAGUAAAUUAAAUAUACGUUUUUAUUAACUACUAAGAACCAAUUUGAUACGCAUUUAAAUAAUGCCUCUUUCACAAGAGCAAACACACACACAGAAAAUUAUGUAAAAUUUAAUUUUACUGCAUUUGAAGAGGAAGGAGCAGCAACAGAAGCAAAAGCCAAAUAAAUGUAAUAGCCUACAUAUGUAUGUAAUUUAAAUAAUAAAAUAUUCUAAUACUAUGCAACACGAAAAAAGAUACUUUAGUUGUAGAUCUAUGUAUAUGGUUAUGUGGCUAUUGCCCCCGGAAACUACUUACUUACUUAUGCCAACAACGUCCAACAAUUUCAAUAAUAUUUGUGUAAGCGCGUAACGAAAGUGCGGAGAACUCUUCACCAUAUACGAGUGUAUACUUUAAGCCCAAUUUAGUUUAGUUUAAUCCUUUGGCAACUAAUUUAAGUGCUCAAACUUUCUGUGAAUGUCUGUGCUCUUUCUGUCCGUCUGUCAUGCACUCUCCGUGUAAAUAUCAAACAAACUCAUAGACCACUUAGCAAUCACCUAACCACUGUCCUCACUUAACUCUGCUGUCCCUCAGAACGCAACAGAAAUUAAAAGAGAAAUCAAAUGAAAUAUAAUAAAACUACAGACAGAAUUUGCAAACUUUUUGUGUGGUCGAUCGGAUUAGAGUUACGAAUAUGGAAUGCAUAUGAAAUAUUAUCGAUUAAACACUUAUACACAAGUAUCUAAUUCGUAUUGGUGUAAACGUAAAUAAUAAUAAAUACGAUUAAAUGUCUCUAACAAGAUUUUACCAUGAGUGUGUCACUUUUUUAUAUAUAUAUCUAAUAUAUACAAUAUAAAUAAAGAAAU